AAAGCUUCUCUUGUCUGCAGACACUGACAGGAACUGAACUGCUCAAGAUGUCAUAUCAAAGUUCACCUGCUGAAGUUGAAGUGAAAUGCUCUUACGUUAAGGUGUUUCAAUCUCCUGAGAGUGAAACAACCUCCAUCACCAUCCGAAUCCCUGUUGCCCCACUCGGACCAGCAGUGACAACUAGUCCUGCCAUUUCAGAAAAAGUAACAACUACAACAAACAAGAAAGACUAUAUGAGAGCAAAGGAUAUUAUUAGGGACAUUUAAUUUGUCUGAACCAGUUUCUCAGCAUUGUGGUAGGGUUGAUCUAAACAUACUUUACCACACAUGGUUACCUCUGUAGCCUGUCAGUGUGGUUUUCCUGAGAACAAGUUCGGCAAAAAGACAUCAGCAUGUAAAAGUUGUCACGUAGUCAAACACAAGUGUCGUCCUUAAAGGACUGUGGGACAUUCACAUUAUUCUGCUUCAUCAUGGCUGGACACCUGCUGUUAGUCGUCCUCAUGUAUUCUUGUUCUGAGAUGAAAGCACAAGUUCUUCUUCCACCUAAACUGACGGUGAAUCCAUCGGUGAUCACAGACACAGACUCAGUCACAUUGGACUGUCAGCCUCCACCAUCUGUUUCUGUGUCUCAGUGUUAUUUCAGCACUGUAAGAGUAAGACCGGCCAUAAGCUUCUCUUGUCUGCAGACACUGACAGGAACUGAACUGCUCAAGAUGUCAAAUCAAAGUUCACCUGCUGAGGUUGAAGUGAAAUGCUCUUACCUUAAGGUGUCUCAAUCUCCUGAGAGUGAAACAACGUCCAUCACCAUCCGAACAUCUCUUCCACCUAAACUGACAGUGAAUCCACCAGUGAUCAACGAGAGAGACUCAGUCACAUUGAACUGUCAGACUCCACCAUCCUUUUCUGUGACUCAGUGUCAUUUCUACAUUUCAAGUGGAGGAACUGUCAGAGACUCCUCUUGUCUGCAGACACUGACAGGAACUGAACUGCUGAAGACGUCACCUCAGAGUUCACCUUCUGAGGUUGAAGUGAUGUGUUUUUAUACGGUAAAGCUUGGAGAAAAAGAUUCUCCAUCUCCAUACAGUGGCACUUCCCGCAUUACCAUACACGGUCAAACACCACAGAUGACUCUUCAGCAUUUUCAUGGUGAACACGUUCUCUUUACUUGCUCUCUGCCUGGAUCUGCUAAUCAUGAUACGAAAUGUAACCUGUACUUUGGAGAAGAAAGUGAUCCAGUUAAAACAUCAACCAUCUGGAAGAAAAGAAGCUCAACCAAUCAGUGGUUCUGCCAGUUUAUUGUCACAAUUGAUGAUUUGUUGAAACGUCUACGUUUAGUUAAACAAAGUGAUGCCAGCUGUGAUUACAGUUUGGGACGUGAACCCAACUCUUUGUCUCCUCGUAGUGAUCGAUACAACUUGACUGAUAUUGUGGAAAAAGAGUCACCAUUGACGCAGACUGUGCCGACAUUUACUAUGACCACAGAUUUUCAAUCAUCAGGUACCAGGUCUCAUGCUUCAACUCCUGUAACUUCUAAAAAAGAAACAUCAGGUUGGCCUGUUGGUACACCAAGUAUCACUGAUAGUUUGAUCUCUACUUUCCCAACAUCAGUGAAACCAGCAUCAGGAACAGAUAGCAGUAUGACCCCUAUGAAUCCAGAAACUGAAAUAACAGGUUUGAGUGUUAGUACGUCUUACACUAUAGAUUCCUCUUUCUCUGCAGUCCCUCUGAAAACAGCCACAGAUGAAAAGUGGAUGUUGAAGUUUGUAGUAUUUGUAUCUGGUUUUGGAGUAACUGUGGGCCUCAUCGUACUGGGAUUGGCACUUCUUUGUACUAAAAGAACUGCAGGUUCUAAGGAAGUGAAAAGUCAGGAGCCUCAAUAUGAUAAUAAUGACCCAUACCAUUUGUACAACAUCAUCUCUGAGGAGCCAGCUGAAUCUGCCCCGAAGGUCAUGAUGUAUAGCACCGUGCAAAAACACUGAAACACAAACGGUUUUAUAAAGCAGACUAAAGAACUUGAAAUGCGUUGUAAUAACAUUUUAAAAUUUGACUUUUAUAAUUAUCAUCAUCAGGAUUAAUGUCACACUAUUGCAAUGUUUUUUCUUAGUUCAAACAAAUAAACCACGAGUACAUGGUUAUGGUACGAGUUAUGGUUUAUGACAUACAAAGCACAGCAUGGGUUCCAAACUGCAUUUAAAUUCAGAUUUCUUUGUUUUGUGAAAAUGUAUUUAGUGUUUCUCAUAUAUAAUAUAGCAAAGCAAAGUUAACUUUCUGUUUGUAAUUUAUGUUUUGUAUUCAAAUGUGUUUGUUUAAUGUUAUAUUAUGUUUGUAUGUCAUAUUUUUUGUGACUGGAUGUAAUUUGUCGCAUUUACAACUUACUGCUACUGCACACAAACACACACACCUACACACACACACACACACACACACACACACACACACACACACACACACACACACACACAUUAACUUGAGCACACUUAAUAAAAUAACACAAGGGGUAAAUGAAGGAAGGAAAAUAUUUCUUUGUAUUUAUUCACCAACUUUCUCAAUCAUAUGGUUAAGAGUGUGACAGUUGACAAAAUAUGACUGUAUAUAAUGAAUCAUCCUGUGAUCCUCUUCUUCAUGCAUCUUUAGCUUGUCUGAAAUGUCUUCUGCUUUAAAACAAAGACGUUCAAAUGUUCUGGUGUCUCUCAGGUAUUUUACAUGAUCCAUAUUAUCAAUGACAUCCAAAAUGAUUUAGUUACAAAAUAAACUAUUUGAAGAAAUUAAA